GGGCAAGGCACAUCAGCAUGCGACUUGCGGACACGGGCGCUACGCUCGCAUUUAACGCGGCGCACGCCGCACAAACGCCGGCGCCUCCUCCUCCUCCUCCUCCGCCACCACCACCACCACCAACAUCCACUUCAUCAUCAGCUCGGACUCCACGCCCGUUGCCAUGCAAACCACACGAGCGGUUGCCUGGUAACGUCGGCAGCAGGAGAUUUCAUCCGCAGGCAUCGGUGGCGAACGUGCGACCUGAGGCCGUGGCGUUCGCGAAGAGGCGAACGCCGGGAUUCGGCCACGGAGAGAAGCGCAGGAGCAAGGGGAGGCAGCGAGGGAGGAGGCGCCGGGUGGCCCCUGUGCCAGGGACGGUGUCCACAACCAAGGGUUAAUGUCAUAGCAACGGCUGGGUCCGGCUCCGCGGUACUCGGACUCCGCCCUCGGACCACGAGCCGAUUGGACGUCGAGGAGAGGUGGACGGCGAGCCGUCCUUGUCGGGAGAAGGGGCAGCUCGCUCCGGGCUUUCGGCUCCGGGAGCCGGCGUGGAGGAGAGAGGACGCGGAGGAGGACCCGGGAGAGAGUGGCAGCGUCCGGGGUGGACCAGAGAGCGGGCAGCGGUGACUGGCUUCUUGCGGUCUCACUGACCUUCUCUCUCUCUCUCUCUCCAUCUCGCUCUCUCUCCCACCUCUCUCUCUCACACGCUCCGUCUAAUUAUGACGAAUCGGGGGAGGAGCGCCCAGCUCUCGGAGUGCAAGAAGAAGAAGAGGACGGUCCGUGGACCCCCCGCUCUGAUGCCGCAUCUGCAGUAGUGGGACGGAGACGGAGAGGCUCGAGGAGAGAGUCUGGCGGGCUCGGCUCGGCGGAUCGCGGCCGAUGUUGAAUUUCGUGUGAACUGCUGCUGCUGCCGCCGCGCGAAGAGCGGACAACCUUUGCCUUUCUGCCGUGGUGGCCAGGCGGCGGAUUACAAAGGUCGCCUCGUCUCGGAGUGACCGAGCGGCUGCUGCUGCUGCUGCGACAGGAAGGCACACGAUGGAUUGUCGAGAGGGCCCCGCGUGAAACGGCGGGUGCCUUAUGAGCGGAGCGAAUGGUGGAUUGAUUCCUCUGCGCCACGUGGCACUAUAUCACGCCGGCGUGACGGAGGCCGCUUGCUGACCUCCGGGUUCCAAGGUUCAUCGCAUCAAAGCGCCGUCCUGGCCACGGCUCGCUCCCCCCUGCGAGACGGGCAGCUUGGGAGAAAUGACGAACUUAAGGGCUGCGGGGACGUCGUCCGUGUGACAGCAGGGAUCGGCAGCUCCGCACGAGUCCCGGAUCUAUGACAAGCCUCACGAGGAGCAUGCGGAGCUGAGGGCACCCGGCGGUGCCGCGCAAAGCAGAGAGAGUGGGGAGAGAGAGCGAGUGGAGGAGAGGGGAGAGAGAGCGAGAGAGAGAGGGAGCGCCCUGGAGAAGGGAUCUCGACUCGGCGCCAAACUGGAGAACCUCGAGCAGCUCAUCAAGCAUAUGCGAGAGGCUGCCGAGAGGAGGCAGCAGCUGGAGGCAGAGCAUGAGGAGGCACUGGCCGUGCUCCGAGCCAAGCAGGACGAGAUCACGUUCCUCCAGAAGGUGGGCGUCCUCUCCCGUCCUCUUCCCUCGCCCGCCCGCACGGCUCAGGUGGAAGCUAAGAAGGAACAUGAGGGAGCAGUUCACCUGCUCGAGAGCACCCUGGAUACCAUGCAGGGGAAGGUGCGGGAGCUCGAGGAGAAGUGCCGCGUGCAGAGCGAGCAGUUCAACCUCCUGUCCCGCGAACUCGACCGCUUUCGCGUCCAGGCCGGCAAGAUGGAGCUGCUGACGAGCGGCAGCGGCGGCGGUGGCCUCGCCACGGAGCCCCAGGGCUCUCCCAGCAAGGCCUACGGGGGCCUGGUCAACGGACUCGCGCCCAGUUUCGGCCUCGGGCCGGACGGGCUGAGUGAGAAGUCGGAGCGCCUCUCCGUAUGGAGCCCAAGUCGCUCGCUGUCAGGCCGGAGCAGCCCCCGCCGGUCCCUCCCCAACGAGGUGGACACGGCGAGCGAGGCCGAGGACCUGGACCUGGACCCUGUGACGCUGUCAGGCCCCGUGGGGACGAGGCACCGUAGGAAGCUGCAGGUGUUCAUCGCCCGAUACAGCUACAAUCCGUUCCACGGCCCCAACGAGCACCCGGAGGCCGAGCUGCCGCUGACGGCGGGGGAGUACCUCUACGUAUACGGCAACAUGGACGAGGACGGCUUCUACGAGGGCGAGCUCGUGGACGGCCGCCGGGGCUUGGUGCCGUCAAACUUCAUCGAGCGCGUGCGCGACGACGAGAUGUCGGCCUUCCCCGGGUCCCCCGAGCUCGGAGACCUCUCUCAGAAUUCCCCGAACCGCAGCCGCGACUCCGACGGCCGAGCUGCAGAGCGGAGCCGGGGCUCGGAGCCACACAGCGCCGGCAGCGUGGAGCUCAGCCGUGCCGACUCCAGCCUGAGCGGCAGCACCUGCGGCAAGUCCUGCAACGGGCUGGGCGUCGGCGAUCACGGGGGUGCCGACAUCAGUGGCGCCGGCGGCACGACGGACGCGUGUGAGCAAUCGUCCGUGGACCCCGAGUACGUGGGCGUCCCGUACCCGCGCAACAUCAGCGUCAUCAAGCAGCUCGCCAAGAGCGUCAUCGUCGGCUGGGAUCCGCCGGCCACUCCGCUUGGGCCCGGCGUGGGCUUCGCGGGCCGCAUCGAGUGCUACGCCGUGUCGGUGAACGGGGAGCGCCGCGCCGUCGUGAGGUUCGGCGGCCGGCGACCGCGCGCGUUGCUCGAGAAGCUGGAGCUGGCGCAGGACGGCGCCGCGUACCGCGUCUGCGUGCAGACGGUGGCGAGCAUCACCGCGCAGUUCCCUGGGCCCGUGCCGCAACCGCCGCCGCAGCAGCAGCAGCAGCAGAUGCCACCCUCCGCGGGUGCCGGCCCCGCGCCCACGCCCGGUGGCGACGUCGCGCCCGCGCCGAUGCCCGGAACCGGCCCCGUGGCCUGCGGCCUGAUGCUGCUGGCGCCCGCCGGUGCCGUCCCCUCUCAGCCGUGCGGGACUCUGGACGGCGUGCCGGCGCUGCAGUACUUCUCCGACCCUCUGCGGUGCACGUCCGUGGUUGGCCGCGGCGCCUCCGUAGCGCCACAGAGCCUCGAGGUGCACCAGGUGACACCGUCGAGCGCCGAGCUGUGGUGGGUGCCGAGCCACAGCGACUACACGCACGCCGUGUUCGUGGACGGCGUGGAGAAGGAGGUGGCGCGUCCGGGCCGCCGGCACUGCCCACUGACGGGGCUGAGGCCCGGCACGCGGCACCGUGUGCGGGUGGAGGCCCGCCCGCACCGCACGCCCUGGGAGCUCCCGCUGGAGCAACGCGAGCACCGCGACGCCGUCGCCGAGUUCACCACGCCGCCCGCAGGCCAUGCCCUGGCGCCGCUGGUUGUGGAGGUGAGGCCCGGGCCCGUCCCCGGCAGCCUGUCUGUCAGCUGGACGCCCGUGCAGACGGACCCCGCCGGAGCAUUCAACGGCGCCCCCGUCACCGGAUACGCCAUCUUCGCCGACGGACAGAAGGUCAUGGAGGUGGCGUCGCCGGUGGCCGGAAACGUGGUGCUGGAGCCGUCGCACCUCCCAGCCGGCGUGCCCCGCACCAUCACAGUGCGGACACUCUCCCCGCAAGGCGAGUCGGUUCACUUCGGCGUCGCCACCGUCAUGCCCGAAGUGAUGCAUCAGAACCUGCAAGGCCAGCAGCAGCAGCAACAGCAGCAGCAGCAACAGCAGCAGCAGAUGCAGCAGCAGAUGCAGCAGCAGAUGCAGCAUCAGCAGCAGCAGCUUGCGCAGCAACAGAUGCAGCAGCAACAGAUGCAGCAGCAGAUGCAGCAGGUGCAGCAGAUGCAGAUGAAUGCGCAGCGGCUGUGCGGCGUGCCGGGCUACGCGGCCGUGCCACUGCCACCCCGGGAAGGCCCGGCCGAGGGCAUUCCCACGGGCAGACGCGGACUCCCGACUGCCCCUCAGGUGGUGCCAGACGUCAUGGAGAGGCUCCACGCUCCGGAGGUGGCGCUGCCGCUGCAGGAGGCUACGGCGAACCAGCCGGACGGACAGAGCCGCUGGAGCAACGGCGGCAGCGGCGGCGGCGGCUCGGGAAGCAACGGCCGGUCCCCUCUGCCAUCGCCGCACCGCCUGCUGCCGGCCACGUCAGGCCUGGUGGGAGCGGCGGGGCAGGAUGGCUCCCAGGUGGCGCAGAAGGCCCUGCCGAGGCCCGACCAGUCGAGGGGGCCGCCCUCCUCGUCGUCGUCGCGAGCGCCGCUCUCGUACCCGCGGACGGACGACCCCGACGUGCCGCCCACCAUCGCGCGCGCCAUGGCCCACGAGGCCGCGCAGAAGAGCGGCAAGCGCAACAAGAAGGAGCGAGGAGGGGUCUUCAGUGCUGGCGAGCGACCGGGGGAUGAGAACUCGGAAGAGGAGGAGGAGGAAGGGGGGGAGCGCUACGGGACCCCCACGUCCAAGCGGCCUGGGGCCUCUGUCGAGGAUUUCCUCAAGGGCCCGCGCAGGGAGCGGCAGCAGCAGCAGCAGCACUACAGCAUGGAGGAGGACGACUUUGGUCAGCAGCAUUACGGCUCGCAGAAGGCCUACAAGAAGUCACACUACAAGCCGGGCGUGCCGGCGGACGAUUACCGGCAGCCGUGCUAUGAGUACGGCCACCAGCAGCACGAGCAGUAUGACCUGGAGGAGGAGGAGUACAGCACAGCACACCACGGCCGCUAUGGGCCUUCUUCCCCACCAGACGACUACGACCAGGGCCACUACGACCCGGCGAUGGAUGAGUACAGCCAUGCGCGUGGCGGCAGCGGCGGCGGCGGCGGCGGCCGCGGAGGUGGCGGUGGCGACUGCAGCGACGGCGGCGGCGGUCCGGCCGACGAGUACGUGACCGAGAGCAGCCGAGGGUCGGACCUCUCGGACAUCCUGGAGGAGGACGAGGAGGAGGAGAUGUACUCGGAGAGCCAGCGGGGACACGAGGACGGCCACGUCCGCCGGAGGGCCAGCCUCACUCACGGACAAAACAAGGGCUACGGAGGAGCCCCGCAGUCCGGAGCGUCGCGACGAUCAUCGCUGGAGAAGUCCGAGCAGGGACACCGACCGCUCUCGCGCAACCCCACGCCGCCACGCAACCCACGGCCCAUGACCGUGCCCUCCAUCGAGAUCACAGGCGACAGCAACAGCGAGGGCCGUCCGUCCCCGGACCGCGACGUCGGGUACUACGCCGACGCUGGGGCCCGCCGGGGCCGCCCCUCUCGGAGAGGCUGGCGGGAGGAGAGCGAGCUGGACGGAGGCUACGACCACCGGAGGCUCCGCAUCUUCGUGGGUCUCUUCGACUACGACCCCAUGACUAUGUCCCCCAACCCGGACGCCGCUGACAUCGAGCUGCCCUUCAAGGAGGGGCAGAUCAUCAGGGUGCACGGCGAGAAGGACGGGGACGGCUUCUACCGCGGAGAGGCGCUGGGCCACAUGGGGCUGGUGCCGUGCAACAUGGUGUCUGAGAUCGAGGCCGACGAGGAGACCGCGUCGCACCUCCUCAAGCAGGGCUUCCUGCCGCCCAACUCUGGCGUCGAGAGGAAGGUCAUCCGAGAAGCUUACAGGGAAAUUGCACGCUCACUGAGCAGGAGGUCCAAAAAGUCCAAACGAGAGCGGAACCGCGCGGGAGGCCGCCUCGCCUCGGUGGCCACUCGACGCAUGGUGGCGCUCUUCGACUACGACCCGAGGGAGAGUUCCCCCAACAUCGACAUCGAGAUGGAGCUGACGUUCUGUGCGGGCGACAUCAUCUUCGUGUACGGGGAGAUGGACGAGGACGGCUUCUACUACGGAGAACUGAACGGAAUGAGAGGCCUUGUUCCAUCGAACUUUCUGGAGGAAGUUCCAGACGAUGUAGAGGUCACACUGAGCGAGGCAGGCACCUCGCCGCCCCUAUCGCGAUACCCGCCCCCGCUACGCGACUCCCGGGAUCCGCGCGAGCGGAGGGACCCCCCGCACCGCGACCCCCACCGCGACCCCCACCGCGAACCGCCGAGGGAGCCCCCGCGGGACCCCCACAGGGAGCCCCCCCACAGGGAGCGGGAGGCACGCGAGCCCAGGGACCUUCGCGACCUCCGUGACCCCCGCGACGCCACUCACCGCAAAGAUAAACGGGCGGAUCGGGCGGCCAGGAUGGGCGCCUCGAGGGCGAUGACCUCUUCGUCGCCGGGGUCCUCGUCAGCCGGGUCACCUACGCGCGCACGCAGAGCAGGCAGCCCGUCGAGCAGCCGGGACGGCUCUCCGGGGAAGCGGCGCGGCCUUCUGUCCAAGGGCAAGAAGCUGCUCAAGAAGCUCGGCAAGUGAAGAGGGUGGUGGCCCUUGGCGAUGGAUGAUGAGGAAGAAAGAGGUUGGCAUUAGAAACUGCCGAAGAGCGGAAUGAUCAUAACCCCCACGAGACGUCAAAGAAUUGUCCUUCACAGUUGUUUAGAAGGUAAACGAGUGGCAGCGACGACUUUAAGUGCACAAAGCGGAGAAGAAAACGGAGUUCCUCUACUCUGUGGGGGUUCGACCGCGAUUGCAUAGAUGCCCACAUUUGGACUUCUUCAUGCCAAACGAGAGCCCACGUAAAAAGGACAUUUGAAUUUCCAUGCACCGAUGCAUUCCUUUAUAUUCUCCAGCAUGUGUUGUAGCAUACAGUGUCGCUGCGUUGUGGUUUUGGACAAAUGCGGAGGAACCUGCGGUUGUGGACGUUGGUGAUAUUUACAGGGGGAUUCCAAGGAAAUUGGUGCAUUUUGCACGGGAAUGGCCGAAACACCGUGGACACGGACAUUCACCGGCGGCAAAAAAAAGCACCCUGCAGCAGUGCCCAAGAGCUCCAAGAUGUAGGGCUUUGUUGAAUCUCGUUUAAGUUGCAUUCUUGAGGGUUAAAGACGUUUAUUUUUAAAUCAUUGUUUAAAAAAGAAAAAAAACCUGCUUCUAAUUUUACCAAAUACACAAUUGCAAUUUCAAAGGAACGUGUAAAUCAUCCUAACAGGACAAGCAAUCACCAUCAAGGGACUUGUGAGCCCCCCUGCCGUGCAGCUACUUGGGACAGCACACCUAGGGUCCGUGCCAGGAUUGGGAAAGCGUGUGUUCGUGCGUGCGUGCGGUGCGGUGCGUGGGAGUGAGCGAGUGUGCGCUCGUUAGCGUGCGAGAAGCUGUGCCUAAAGAUGCGAGGGAGUUGCUGCUCUGCGCCUGACGCCGACAAAGCCACGGUGCGGACAUCUCGGCGGAAAGGAUCCGUGUAAUAAGUUUGUAUUUGUGCUGCAUUGGACCUCGAACUUAUUCCUGUUUUGUCGUGCGGCGGAGAUGCAACGAAGGUGGCAAAAAAAUACAUAGUUUUUAUGCACAAAAAAAUUCAUUUUCAAAUGUUCACGUGCAACGGACCUGACGAAUAUGAACCAUGUGCAUGAAGUGAAUGUCCCCGCCGUGGGGUGUGGUGCCCACGCUGCCCCAGCUCUGACAAGCCAUCGCUCCACACCACCACUACAGUGUUCCCACAACGCCCCGUGGACCAACGCGACGCACGGCUGAGUCAAGCCCGCUUCCGUGUUCUCUGCUUUAAGUGAUAACGAUGGCCAUAUUUACAAGUCUAAGCCUCAGGGUUAAACACACGUACGUACACAGCAUGUCGGCAGACUCUGCCCAGCCUUAAGUGCGCAGUUUUCCCCUGGGAUUCGGAUUCUGCCCUCUUGCCAGUAACUUUCGGCAGACCUUCCUUGACCGUCCUGUGCUUGAAGCAGUAUUAGUCGCUCUGUAUCCCACGAUAUUACCGUACACUACAGUGCAUCCGUGUUGCACCCCUAAGAUUCGUUCAGUGGUGGUAACAAACGCGGCACUACCGUGCUCAUCCUCACUGCGUUAGGCCGUGGUGGUGGUGGCCCCUGACCCUUCCCAGGUAUUGCACCCUCCUAGAGUUCUCCUUUUUAAAGUCCCAUUGAGCGUCACUGCGUUCCAUGACCGUCCACGGUGCUUAAUGUUAGUUACAAAAAAGUGUUAGCAGAAUUCCAGAUUCAUAUCAAUGUCACAUCUGUGUUUGUGCCGCUGGUGAAAGAUGGCAUCAGUAUAGAAGAGGACCCCGGCAGUGUGGUCUCAACCCGAUGGGUGAAUGUCCUUUCAGACGUCCCUGCGCUUACACAUUGCAGAUAACGCGUGCUGGUGACCGAUAGCAAAAACAACCUGUAAAUGUUGCUGCCACCCACUACUAGGCCACGUACUCGCUAACCUCACUCCAGUGACUCUUGCGUGCCGCCCCCCCCCCCCCCCCCCCCCCGUACUACUGUGUUGACAUUUUUGGGCAAUGCAAAAAAAACUAACUUUGGAUUGAGUUUCUGACCUUUUCUAAACUUAACUUUUACAGUGAAUGGCCAUAGCACACGGCGGAGGCUGUAGUCUUAUACAAAAAUAGCAUGCUCGAUUGUCACUCUACUUGUGCUUCUUUUGUACAUUUUUUUUUUAAAAGAGGCCUGUUUUAUUCGUUGUUUUCCCAAACACCGGACUGUAACGCUACCCUAUGUGUUUAUGAAGGCAUAUGGGAGCCACGUGUGAGGCACAGUGGCGGUGGAGAGAUGGGGCGAGUGGUUGCGACACAGUCCAGACCACGCGGGAAUGGGAACCAGGUUUCCCGGAUUCUUUUGCCCCUCGAGGCUUGAAGAGUCGAGUGUGAGAGUGUACGUUUGUGAAUGUGCAAUACCAAUUGUCGCAUAUAAUUUGUUCAACAUUCUUUUCAAUAAUACAUUCUCGGAGCAGAGCACACCACGGGGUAUAUAUAGUACUUUAAAUGGAUGUGUUUAAACACAGCAGUGAUCUUACCAAAUAAUUUCCAGACAUUGAAGAUUCAUGUCUCAGUUUUGUGAUCCUGUUAAAAAUGUAGGAAUUUAGCACGUUGUGCAAUGCUGAAAGAAAUUCCACUAAUCCUUAUAAAUAUUCUUGAAGUCAAAUCAAACUCCACAUUGUGAUUGAGACUACAUAUCCCCCCCCCCACACACACAGGAUUAACAGUUUAAACAUCGAAUAAUAUAGACGUUUUUACAAUUCCAUCAAACCUGCUGGAUGGCUUGGUGGUGACAGCACUUCACUCGUGGUCAGACGGUUGCGAAAACAGUGAGCACAUCAUCCCUCUGCCGUCGGUAAAAUAAGUGGGAAGUUAAUGGCGGUUGGCCUUUGGAGAGACUGGCCUCUGGCAAUGUGCAUGUAGAAUUUCCACCACCGGCUAAGAAACCGCAGAUGGAGAUCAGCGCAUCUAUUGCUCGUUCGUUACCAGGGCUCUUCAUACAAUGGUGGGUAAUUGCCUUUGUGUCUAACAGCCGUGGGCUAAUGGCGAGAUCUGAGGUGAGGCUUGCUGCGUACGUGUUUACAGGAACGCCAACUGCUGUCCAGCACUUUGCGUGCAUGGGGCUUGCUGCCCCUUGGCUGCGGCUGCCCACCGGGUUGUCUCUGCUCGAGAACCUCGUCGGUGGGGGAGGCCGACCGUUACUGCCGAGACUUGGGGAUAGGAAGAGGGCUCUCGCUUGGAGGUUUUCCAGUUAACGGUCCUAGGAGUUUGCGCUGGAGGGUGGCUGCUGAUGCUGCGCUUUGUCACCGCAUGCGCCUGGAUAAUUUCCAGGGCUCCCCAGAGCUGGGUGGGAAAAUCUGCAUUUUGGCCCGGACCUCACGCAAAAAGAGGGCCCCUCAACGAGCCUGUUUCUUUGGCCACAAAUGAAUGAAGGGGUCCCACAUGGCAUUUCUACCCUGGGCCUUCAACCCCGGGCAUCCUGGAACCUCUGGGCAUCCCUGAAAUUUGCCUGUUUCAACAGGAAGAUGCUUUGGCAGCGCAUUUGAAUGGUCUCUGCUUAAGCUUUAACUUUUACAUUUUUUAUUCUAUUCUGGAUUUAUGAAGCGCCUUUCACUGGGGACCUUGACAAUGCUUGUCGACUAGUACAAAAUGGCAAAAUAAGGGAAGGAUGGGCUAGUACUGCCGUUAGUAAUCAGGUUUGGAAAAGGACUGAGAUAUGGCAGCAGGGGAAGGAGGCGAUGGUGCAGGGGGUUGAAAGAGGAAUGGGUGGAGCGUGAUAGUGCAUGAGGCUGAUAGAAGGGGGUAGCGUGAAGGUGGAUGGUAUGAUAUGAAAGUGCACGAAAUGAUUGAAUGGGUUGCUAGGCUGAGCGUAAAUGAGAGUAGAUUGAGGGAGCAGGGGCAGUGGUGGUGUGGUGGCCAGGCAGUUGGGCUGCCCUCAAGCAGGGUUCAGGGAACAAGAGGGUAGGGGCACUGAUUAGGGGUGAGGUAGGGCUCGGGGAACAUGGGGAAUGGGGUAAUGCCUAGGGUGGAGGGAGCGAGGAGGAGGCUGGGGCUGGGGAGGUGUUAGGGGCAUUAGGUGGUGCAGGUGGAGGUGGCUGAUGAGGAAGGGAAAGAGAUAGGACCUGAGGGCAGAGCGAAAAGAGGAAAGCGAGGGGGAGAGUCGGAUGUGGACAGGGAGUUUGUUCCAGUGUAAGGGGGCAAGUAGAGAGAAAGAACGAAAGCGAGACUGGGCGCAGGGCGGCGAAGAGACAGCAAGAAGCUUGUGACCGGAAUGGACAUUAUGGGACAUUUCAGGAAAUGAGAGAAGAGAGGUAAAAGGGGGGGGGGCAGUCUAUGCAAAGCUUUGAAAACCAAGGUGAGCAAUUUAAAGAGACAGUGGUGAUAGAUCGGAAGCCGAUGAACUUAUUGAAGGAGAGGGGAACAAACAGAGGUGAAGGGAAGGUUAAAGAUGGGACGUGCAGCUGAGUUUUGACUUUGUUGGUAAUGACACAUGCAGACACCACACAGUAAAGUCACGCUUGAGCUGAGACGCGGGAUAGUGUCAAGUUUAGCUUCUGUGUUGAAUGCCCUUUUGCGAAGCAAAAUUAGAAAAGUUUGACGACCAAGUAACUCUUGAAAUGAUCCUCACUUAACGUAUCGAUAAACCUAAACUCUAUACAACACGGAGGCUUCACCCUCCAGUGCAUAUGGGCUCACUCCAAAAGUAACUUCACCUUUUUUGUGUGAACCACAGUGCAACUAUUCGGGGUAUAAUUAUGCAUCGAUUAAUCGAUCAUUGUUGAUUAUGAAGCUGAUAAUACAUGCAUUGCAUCACAUUUUCAAGCAAUGGCGUUUGUCGAUCCGAAUGUGUUAUUUGUCCAUGUGACCCCUGCAGACGCUGGAUGCUGUUACAUUUACCAAAAUUCAUCAAAUCACCCAGGGUGGGUGGGAGUGACACUCGUUACACUCCUAGUGACCAUGUUGACGACUAUAAAACAUCCCCGAGACCACACCAAUACUCAGUAACCCAUUCACGCUACCUGUAAUCCUUACCCCCAACACAAAGAUCAUGCCAGCUUCAGCAAUCAUGCUUUCGUAAUUUAUGGGCUGCGCGUGCGCGUUCUUGUGCAUUUGCAGUCAAUGCCCUGUAUGCUGACUUUGGCAAAUUUCCAGCAGCGUGCAUUGACUCUGCUCGCUUAAAAGAUAGCGGGCCGAAGGGUCGCGAGCCCCCCGUGUCACUGACUCCGAUUUCGCAGCGUCGACUCAGGCCGUUGAACGCGGCGACACUCUGGUUCGAUACACAGAAGGACAUGGUUCCCCAGCGUUUGUGCUUUGUCGGUUGGCUUGUUAGUUAUUCAUAAGAGUAUUUAUCUGCUCAGCAUGUAACUCAGUUUAUUGAUGAUACAUUUAAAAACGUCUCAAUUCCAUCCGUGACCAUAUAUGUAUUUUGGCCAAAUGCCAAAAAAACAGGUUUUUUUCUUCCUCUCUGGUUAUUAAUUUACUACGUAAGUUUUAAUAAUUCUAUUUUACUUUGGGUUUGUUUUGUAUAAACCGUCAAGAGUCCUGCUGGGAAUGUCGAUGACUGGUGUCGAUGUGGGCUUCGUGUAGAGUGGCACUGCAGUGCAAUGGAAUUUGGAGUCUCGUGGGCUGUCGAGGAUCAUGCUAUGACGUCUCUGUGCACCAUGAACACCAAAAGUGAAAGGUGACUCGAAAGUGGCAAGGCCACUUUGAGGCGGACAAGGCCUGAGUGCGUUUGCUCAACAGAGACCAGCCAUCUUGAUAGCCAUGUUAGCCAAACAAGACCCCAGCCCUGCGUUAACCCAAGUCACACGAGCCAACUAGAUCCGAGCCUAACCCAUAGAUUAUUAGACCGUCACGCAAACAACUACUCAGACUCUAGCCCUAGCUACACCACCCAACUAAAACCGACCACGAUCGUUAACCACAACUAUUGUGUUCAACCACCACACUGCAGGCAAAAAAACCCUUUCAGCUUCUUCCCACGCACUGCUCAACAUUUAAUUCCUUCCCAUCUAUUUUUCCAGAUUCUUAUAACCUUACUCUUUGGUUUUAUUCGGUAAAGUCACGUGACUUUACCGAAUAAAACCAAAGAGUAUGAAUCCUUGCAGUCACGAAAGCUUCAAAUCUAGAAUCUUAUAACCUUGCUCAUUUCAAUAAACGUAUUAACUCUGAUCUGCAAUACUUUCAAAUCGUGCUGUUUGUUGAUGGCGUCUUGGCAUGGUGGGCCAUUGCGCCCAUGUUCAACAACCGUAAAAGUAAAAAACAAUACUGAACCCAGUCCUAACCUCAGUCGUAACUACCUUAGGCCAGACCUGAUGAGGCCAACCAGACCGUAAUGCUGACCCUGGCAACAUGACCCAUUUUUCAUUAACUGCUCCACAUUUGGUUUUAAAAAAUGUGAUCACCUCUUGCAGUUGGAGUUUGGCCUCUGCUUUUCCAUGCUGGCCAGACGUUUUUGAAGAGGUGCAAGUAGUCACACUUUAUCCCCACCACGUGUGACGCAUCCUCUAAAGCCCACUCGAGUGGAGGCCCUUCCGUCAGCUGUGAACACCAGAAAAUUAAAAUCCCCGCGUUACAAUGUGUCAUAAUUUUGCGGGUAGAAGACACCACCCCACCGUUAGCUCUAGCCCCGUUUCCUAGUCAACUGGCCACUCAUUCGAGCCCUCGCGCCGACUAUAACUCUACAAGGGCCUGGACCCAUUUUCACUUUUCGUUCGCGUUUCAGUUUUGAUGUGGGCAGCGGCCUGCAGUGCGCGCGUGUGUUGUGUGCUCUCUGUGGUGACGUCUGUAGCGAUGGUGGUGGUGUGUCCACGUGGCUGUGCAUGCUGUACAUUCUGUGUACAUACCAAACCCACCCUUUUUACAUGAUACUGUAAUAAAGUGUUGGUAUAUUUUUAAACCAAAGCC